CAGGGUUUUCACAGCAACCAAUUCCACCUAUGGGCAUUUUGGAGUGACUCAAACAUGUAACCAACGCCUACAAUUGAGCAUCUCAGAACAGACAUACUUUACUACUUACUACGAUCCAUAGAGAGAUCCAUAUCAUCUUUUUUUCCACUGUACAUCCGGAAUUUUGCACAACAAAAGGCCAUUUAUAGAUUACCUCGCUGUUCAGCAAAUUUCUUUACAAUUGCUUUACAAUGGCUCCUACUGUGCUGCAUCUUCGCAGCGAGACCAAGCCCCUCGAGCACAGAUCGGCCUUGACGCCAACCACAGCGGCUCAACUGAUCAAGGCUGGCUACAAGGUCAACGUUGAGCGCUCACCCGAGAGGAUAUUUGACGAUGCCGAGUUCGAGGCUGCCGGCGCCACAUUGGUGCCUGAAGGCAGCUGGGUUGAUGCGCCCAAGGAGCACAUCAUCGUCGGCCUGAAGGAGCUCGAGGAGAAGGACUUCCCUCUCAAGCAUGUUCACGUUCAGUUCGCUCACUGCUAUAAGCAGCAAGCUGGUUGGGAGAAGGUUCUCGCCCGAUUCCCCAGGGGCGGCGGUACCCUUCUGGAUCUGGAGUUCCUGGUUGACGAUCGUGGUCGUCGUGUCGCUGCGUUCGGCUUCCAUGCAGGCUUUGCCGGUGCUGCCCUCGCGCUUGAGGUCUGGGCCUGGCAGUUGAACCACAGCGAGCCCUUCCCCGGAGUUGAGAGCUAUCCCAACGAGGAUGCCCUGAUUGCCGACGUCAAGAAGGCCCUUGACGAAGGCGCCAAGAAGGCUGGGCGCCUUCCCCGCGUCAUCGUCAUCGGCGCUCUCGGCCGCUGCGGUUCAGGGGCCGUUUCCGCUCUGCAAAAGGCCGGCCUGCCCGAUGAGAACAUCCUCAAGUGGGACAUGGCUGAGACUGCAAAGGGCGGACCGUUCAAGGAGAUCACCGACAGCGACAUCUUCGUCAACUGUAUCUAUCUGACGAGCAAGAUUCCCAACUUUGUGAACAUGGAGUCCCUACAAACUCCAGACCGGAAGCUCUCCGUCGUGUGUGACGUCUCCGCGGAUACCACCUCGCCAUUUACCCCAGUACCGAUCUACACCGUCGCCACCACCUUUGACAAGCCGACGGUUCCCGUCGACGGCCUGAAGACCGGCCCGCCCCUCUCCGUCAUCUCCAUCGACCACCUGCCAUCGCUCCUGCCGCGCGAGGCCUCUGAGGCCUUCAGCCAUGAUCUCCUCCCGCACUUGCUCACCCUGAAUGACUGGCAAAACUCGCCGGUUUGGGCCAGGGCAGAGAAGCUGUUCAAGGAGAAGGUGGCGACUCUGCCGGCCAGCGCUCUGGAGAACUGAGCAGGAUGGGACCCCCAAGCUGACGGGCGUGGGAAUAGCGCGGAGGAUUGUCGUUGUCCUUAGAUAGACCGUCACGUACAUGGGAGGAUAUCUCUUGUGCAGGAGAAGAACAUGGGCGUUUCUUCACCGGUAGAUUAAAAGCACCAUUCCUGUCUGAUAGAUACUAGGUAUAUGCGGUAGAGUUCAGAGUCAACGUCGACGCUCUUCAGCCAAUCUCGUAAGCAUAGAACAGAGAGCAAUGCACAUGUUGAACAGA